AAAUUCUCAUUAAUUUUUUGUCCAUCUUUUUUUACAUCUAUAAGUUCCAAGUUAUAUUUUCCAUUCAUCAGAAACAAAGGAAAAGAAAAAAAAAAUAUGGAAGAAAAAAUUAAUUUCCUCUUCAUUGUUAUAAUUUUCAGCCUGUUGGUCCAAGGUAUGGGGCAGUGCUCAUUGAAGGAUAUGAGCUUAAACCAAACCAAGGUGAAUAAGUUUGUGAAGAAUAAUAAUAGUAAUAGGCCAGUAUGGAAAGUGACAAUCACCAAUAAUUGUUACUGCUCUCAAUCAAACAUCAAAAUUGCUUGUACCGGGAUUCGAACCCUGAAAGAAGCUGUUGAUCCCCCAAUUUUGAAGAUGGAAAAGGGUAAAGGAGUGGUGAAAAAUGGAGAGCCAAUUUAUCCAUAUACUUCUGUGAAGUUUACCUAUGCUUCUAGCUCACCACUUCAGUUCAAGCUACUUUCUUCUCAAGUUGCAUGUUCUUAGAUAUUAUGGUCAUAUGUUGUUAAGCUAAUAUAUGUACGUUGUUUUUAAGAAAAUAGAAGGCUAGUGCAGUUGGCUAGCUCACUGACUACCAUGCGUGACUCGUGAGGUUAGGGAUCUCACCAAGCUCGACUUUUUUGGAUCCUUUCUUCCGAUGAUAGGUCUUCUAAUUUUCCAAAAAUAAAUAAAAUGUAUGUUUAGGCUUAGGUAAUUAGGUUUCUCUUCCUUGUAUUUAAUGAUUAUUGAUACUCGUUUGUGAGUUUCAAUUCUACUCCUGUUUGUACUUUUGUUGUAGGUGAUGUAAACGUUCAUUCAUGAAUGUACUUUCCCUUUGUUUUUCUUUUUAAUUUGAGUUAGUGGAUAUGAAGUUUGUUGCAUAUU